AUGUCCUCCUCUCCCGGCCGGUCGUGGUCAAGGAAGCUGAAUUAUUCGAUGGAGGACCUACCGGAGGCUCUGCUGACAGAGAUUCUCAACAUGAUCACCAGGACAAGUGAUCUAAAUUCUCUUUCCCUUGUGUCAAAGCAGCUCUAUAAGAUAGAGGGGAAUCAAAGGGGUGCUAUCCGUGUUGGUUCCGGUCUUUGCACCGCUACAAAAGCACUGACAUCAUUGUGCGCCCACUUCCCAAAUCUGCAGAAAGUGGAAAUCGAUUACUCUGGCUGGAUACCUGGACAUGGAAAGCAGCUUGACAACAAAGGCAUUUCUGUGUUUUCAUCUCAGUGUUCCUCGAUGAUUGACCUCACCUUAAGCUUCUGCUCAUAUAUCGAUGACUCUGGGCUUGGUUGCCUAGCGAAUUGCAGGAAAUUGGUGUCUCCCAGGCUGAACUCCACACCACAAAUAACUUCGAUUGGGCUUUUCUCGGUUGCAGUUGGUUGCACAAGUCUAUCUGCUCUCCACCUUAUUGGUUGCGAUGAAAUCGACAAUGUAGAGUGGCUGGAAUACCUUGGUAGGGAUGGAUCAUUGGAAGAGCUUGUAGUGAAGAAUUGCAAAGGAAUCAAUCAUCAUGACUUCAUAAAGUUUGGUUCAGGAUGGAUGAAGCUCUAG